AUGUGUUUUGACAAUAGCAAUGUAUCUCAAUGUCUUAAUGGUGGUUAUUGUAGUUUAAAUGGUACUUGUAUAUGUUCGAGUGAUUGUUUCGUAGGUAAUUUCUGUGAGAUUAAUUAUAAUGCGGUUCGUUUUCCACUUACUGGUGCUAUCCUUCAAGAUACUCUAGCAACACGAGACUCUUACAUAGGUUGCUUUUUUCUAUUCGGAUUCAUUGGACUUAUUAACAAUAUUCUAUCAUUGAUAACAUUCAUACGUGAAAAAAUUCGUCUCACAGUAUGUGGCAUUUAUUUAAUAUUGCUUUCCAUAUUCGGUAUAGGACUUACUUUUACUAUUUUCACUUAUAUAAUAACGAUUGUUCGUUAUAAAAAUCAAACAUAUAAAUUAUUUGCUUGUCAUUUCAUACCAUUCAUAGCUGUUGCUUUGAACGAUGGAGUUAUUUUAUUCACUGCAGCAAUUGCUAUUGAACGUAUCCUUAUUGAUUGUUGGAAUUUUCAAACACAAGGACGACGAACAUAUGGAUUGAUCGUAUCCACAAUUAUUAUCGUGUAUGUAUGCUGUUCGAAUAUAGAUGAAAUUUUUCUUCGUCAUAUUUCUGCUGAUAUAACAGGUGAAGAAAUUUGUACCUAUGAUUUUGAUCGAUAUCCAAUAUGGCGUCGCAUUGAUAUUGUUUUUUCCUAUACUCAUGUUCUUAUACCUUGUGUAAUACAUUUUGUCUCAUCAGUAUAUGUUCUUACGGUAAUUGCUCGUCGAAAAAUAUUCAAUCGUGGUUUAGAAAAUAAAUUUUUUCAUAUAUGGUUUGAACAAUUAUAUAUUAAUCGAGAUUUUUUUAUUCCACCAAUAUGUCUUAUUUUUUGUAUUCUUCCACAUGCUAUAUUAGGUCAUUUACUUAAAAUAUGUAUACCAUGUUCAGACAAAAGUAAACUUCGUCUUCAUAUAUCAUUCGUACUUUUAUUAUUUGUUCCACAAAUGUUAAGUUUUAUCUUAUAUGUAUAUCCGAACAAAAAGUAUUGGAAAGAAUUUCAAUAUACAAUUGUUUAUCGUAAAAUUUGCUGCUAUUUUUGUGAUAGACAACGAAGAUUGCAACGACAGAUUGAUACGGGAUCACAAAUGGAACCACGAAGAAUGUCAAUGUGCGUCAUUAAUGAAACAAGUUCUACUACGGAACAAAUGGAGACUACUCUCUAA